CGUAGUGGCAUUUGACGGGUAGCCGUCAGCUAGUCAGCGGUUGCAAAUGGCGACAGCCACGAAAUCUCUGGCACCGACUCGCGAAUAGUUUCACGCCUACUGAGUACGUGACCGAGCUGUGCGUGAACGUUACCCUAACCCAGAUUGGUGGUUUUAAAUAAAAGAAGACAAGAUGCCGGCUGUGAGAGGAGAUGGCAUGCGUGGACUGGCAGUAUUCAUUUCUGAUAUUAGAAAUUGCAAAAGCAAAGAGGCAGAAAUAAAGAGAAUAAACAAAGAAUUGGCAAAUAUUCGCAGCAAAUUCAAAGGAGACAAGACACUUGAUGGUUAUCAAAAAAAGAAAUAUGUUUGCAAGCUCCUUUUUAUUUUUCUGCUUGGUCAUGACAUUGAUUUUGGACAUAUGGAAGCUGUUAAUCUACUUUCAUCUAACAAGUAUUCAGAGAAACAAAUUGGUUACCUUUUUAUAUCAGUCUUAGUAAAUACGAAUAGUGAUCUCAUUAAAUUAAUAAUUCAAAGUAUAAAAAAUGAUCUUGCAUCACGGAAUCCCAUUCAUGUUAAUCUUGCAUUACAAUGUAUUGCUAAUAUUGGCAGUAAGGAAAUGGCAGAAGCAUUUGGCAAUGAAAUACCAAAAUUACUCGUUUCUGGAGAUACUAUGGAUGUUGUAAAACAAAGUGCGGCAUUAUGUUUAUUACGAUUAUUGCGUACCGCACCAGAUGUUGUUCCUGGUGGAGAAUGGACUUCGCGCAUAGUUCAUCUUUUAAAUGAUCAACAUCUUGGUGUUGUUACUGCAGCCGCAUCUUUGAUAGAUGCUCUUGUAAAAAGAAAUCCAGACGAAUAUAAAGGAUGUGUUAGUUUAGCAGUUUCAAGAUUGAGCAGGAUUGUUACAUCGAGCUACACAGACCUACAAGAUUAUACAUAUUACUUUGUACCAGCACCAUGGUUAUCUGUUAAGCUUUUACGAUUAUUACAGAACUAUACUCCACCUGCUGAAGAUCCAGGAGUAAGAGGUAGAUUAAAUGAAUGUUUAGAAACUAUAUUAAACAAAGCUCAAGAACCGCCAAAAUCAAAAAAGGUGCAACAUUCGAAUGCUAAGAAUGCUGUAUUAUUCGAGGCUAUUAGUUUAAUUAUUCAUAACGACAGCGAGCUGCCUUUAUCAGUUAGAGCGUGCAAUCAACUCGGUCAGUUUCUAUCCAAUCGUGAAACUAAUCUUCGUUACUUAGCACUUGAAUCUAUGUGCCAUUUGGCUACAUCAGAGCUGUCGCACGAAGCCGUGAAGAAACAUCAAGAAGUUGUUAUUCUAUCAAUGAAAAUGGAAAAAGACGUAUCUGUUAGACAACAAGCUGUUGAUCUUUUGUAUGCUAUGUGUGAUAAAAGCAAUGCAGAAGAAAUAGUACAAGAAAUGCUGAACUACCUCGAAACUGCUGAUUAUUCUAUUAGAGAAGAAAUGGUUCUUAAAGUGGCGAUUCUAGCUGAAAAAUAUGCUACCGAUUAUACUUGGUAUGUUGAUGUCAUUUUAAAUCUCAUUAGGAUAGCUGGUGAUUACGUUUCGGAAGAGGUAUGGUACAGAGUUAUCCAAAUUGUCAUCAAUAGAGACGAUGUGCAAGGAUAUGCAGCGAAAACUGUUUUCGAGGCCUUACAAGCACCAGCUUGUCACGAAAAUAUGGUUAAAGUUGGUGGUUACAUACUUGGAGAGUUUGGAAAUCUCAUUGCUGGUGAUCAGCGCUCUUCUCCAGCUGUUCAAUUUCAAUUACUUCAUUCCAAAUAUCACUUAUGUUCUCCAAUGACUCGAGCAUUGCUACUUUCAACCUAUAUUAAAUUCGUUAAUCUGUUUCCCGAAAUGAGAAGUCAAAUUCAAGAUGUUUUCAGACAACACAGUAAUUUACGUAGCGCAGAUGCAGAAUUGCAACAGAGAGCUUCAGAGUAUCUUCAAUUGAGCAUUAUUGCUUCCAGUGACGUUUUGGCUACGGUCUUAGAAGAAAUGCCAGCAUUCCCAGAAAGAGAAUCUUCCAUUCUUGCCGUUUUGAAAAGAAAGAAACCGGGUCGAGUUCCCGAGAAUGAAAUCAGAGAAAGUAAAAGUCCUGCACCAAAUGCCAAUCAUCAUGCGGAAGCGCCCGCCAGUAUAACAGGAGCUGUUAAUAAUACAUCGGCAGAUUUAUUAAGUCUUUCUACACCACCAUCUUCUCAACCAACUAGUAAUACAGGAGUUUUACUUGACGUAUUAGGUGAUAUUUAUAAUAUGCCAAACAAAGUUGCUACUAACGGUGCCCAAAAUACCUAUAAUCCCAAAAAGUUCGUGUGCAAGAAUAAUGGCGUAUUAUUUGAAAAUGAUCUAAUUCAAAUUGGAGUAAAAUCGGAGUUCAGGCAAAACUUGGGACGUGUCGGUCUUUUUUAUGGAAAUAAAACUCAGUACGCUCUUCAUAGUUUUCAACCACAAUUAUCUUGGUCCGAAGAAAAUCAACAGAAAUUAGCUGUACAAGUAAAACCAGUUGAUCCCGUAUUAGAAGCUGGUGCUCAAAUACAACAAAUGAUUAAUGCAGAGUGUAUUGAUGACUACAGUGAUGCACCGAGCACGAUCAUUUCUUUUAUUUAUAACAAUGUGCCACAAAAGAUAACAAUGAAAUUACCGUUAACAAUCAACAAAUUUUUCGAGCCUACAGAAAUGAAUGGUGAAUCAUUCUUUGCACGGUGGAAAAAUCUUGGAGGAGCGAACCAACAACGCUCACAGAAGAUUUUUAAAGCACAACAGCCAAUGGAUCUUGCGCAAGUUCGCACGAAAUUGCAAGGAUUUGGAAUGCAGUUACUCGAUGGUAUCGAUCCGAAUCCUGAUAAUUUCGUCUGUGCAGGAAUAGUACAUAUGAGGGCACAACAAGUAGGAUGUCUUUUACGUUUAGAACCUAACAAACAAGCGCAGAUGUUCCGUUUAACAGUACGUUCGAGUAAGGAAUCAAUGUCAGUAGAGAUCUGUGACCUGCUGGUGGACCAAUUUUAAACGGCCUAGCAGGCGUGAAACUAAUUUAAGAUAUAUUAACGCCGUGAGAAGACAUAUCGUGAUUAUUGAAGGAUGUUAUCUCUCGACGUUCAAAAGAUGUGUGUUAAGAAAUAUUUGUUGUAUGCAAGCUUACACUCACAGCGCGGUCAUAAGAACUGAACCCUUGUGUAGGCGAAAUAUUGUUACCAAGUACCUACGAACAAAUGACAGGAUUGCUAAAAAUAUGGUAAAGGUGAAUUGUGUACACGAAAAACAAACAAAAAGAAAAGAAAGCAGAAAAUCUAUACAACAUAUGACUAUAAUGGACAAUAUUGAGUCCAUGAAUGAAGGUAACGAUAUAGAUAUUAUCUUUACUUUUUUUCUUUUUUUUUAAUUUAAUAUGUGUCUAUAGUAAAAAGUUAUAAUUUGUAACUUAUCCAAUGAUAUGUAGAUGCAUACCACGGGUAUUUGCAAAAAACGAAAAUAGUUGAGAGUCACAAAGCUACAUUAUUUUUUUCAGUGAUAAGUGUUUUUAAUGAGUUUACUGCGUCGGCUAUAGCAAUUCCAUAUUUGUUAGGCCGUACUAUUGAAUUUGCGUGCUCGUGGUGCAUUCUCAUCUCCAGCUUCCCUUUUUUCUACGUACGAUUUCUUUUUCGUACUGAUUUUCGUUUCCUCUUUUUUUGAGAUUAUCAUUGUUGCGCGAGCGAAAGUAGAUAUGGGUACGAUGACAGUAGUUGUAUAAUAUUAGUUCGUUACCAUAGAUUUUUCCUUGUAUUUUACGAGCUCAAAAUUUCUCCUGUAAUUAAUAUAUUCGAGAUGGUCGUUCCCAUCCCAAUUUCGUUCCCUCUACUCCACUUGAUCCCUGGCCUUUCCCUGAUUUUCUGUAUCUUAUAAAUGAUAAAAUCCAUGGCUGGUUUCAUUCUUUGGCUCACAGAGAAGCGCGAUUAAAUUCAGUGAGAGGCAAACGAACAAAGAAAGAAAAAAAAAAAGAAAGAUAAGAAAGAAUAAUCAUUAGAAGAAUCACUUUUCUAAUCAUUUUUAACGAAUCUUGUGUGAGAUGUAUAUUUCAGUAGUAUAUCUUGUACAGAUGAUAUUUACGGAUACGUUUGGAGAUUAUUAUGUUUUGCGAGUGAUAAUGAAGAAAAACGAGAAAAAAUAAAUAUGAAAAUAGAGCAGCUCUGAGUGACAUUUGAAACAUGAUUGCAUUGCAAUCAUAUGCUUCACGAUUACUCUGUCUGUUAUUAUGAAAAUUGUAAAUCUCUAAUUGAAUUGUAUAUAAGAAAUUCAUUGAUUAAAUGUGCCAAUGACAAAUAGUCAUUGCGCGAGACACGUAGAAUCCUGUAUUUGCAGGCAUGGCGAUCUUAUAAUAAUCGUUCCUUCCUGCUAUUUCAGUUAUAUAUUUCUUUAUCAUGCGUACAUGAGAUGUAUAUUUUUUUUAUGUUCGUAUAUAGUAUACAUUUAUAUUCGAAGCCUUUCUCCUUACUUUACCUGUGAUUCCUUUUAUCGUUUUCGACUAUCUAUUAUUUACAUAUUAGCAUGAAUCGAAAACUGUAGCAUGACCUAUCAAAAGAUCUGUAUAAAGAAUGCGUUUCUAAGGAUACUGUGCUAUCGGUGUUUUAUUUCAAUUUUAAUCAUUGUUACGCGAGGAAGUAUCCUAAAAAAAACGAAAGUCGGAUAACAGUGUAUCAUAGAUCUAAUUAGCGUUAAAAAUUUAAGUUAAAAGAACGCUUGCAUUCUCAUUCUUAAUAUAUACGUGAAGAACGUGUUCUUAAUAUAUACAUAUGUUUCAUGUUAAAGUUACACAAGCGUUUAUUGGACACAUGUGAAUCAAAUGAAACGGAAAAUGUUAAAUAGAAAAAAUAAAUUUUUUUAUUUAACACUGAUUUUUUCUUUCAUUUAAUUCGACAAUCCGCACAAAAAAUGCUUGUAUGAUUCUAACUCAGAUAUAUAUAUUUUUUUUAUCGUAAUCUUUUGCGAAUUAUUGUUUUACAUUUCUAUAGUAUUUAAUUUAAAAACAAGAUACGUUGGAAGUAUACUGUGUCCAGCAAUAAAAUAUAAUUGCUUAUGAAAUACACAAGUACAUAUAUAUAUACCUAAGAGAAUUUUACAAAUAACUAGCGAAAUUUGCAUUCUGUUUUCAUUUAGGCUAAUGCGACAGCAUUAUGCAUACAUUACAUAAGAAACGAACAUUCCUGUCUUAAAAUAAUAUGAACAAAGAAAAUUCGUAUAUAUAAUAGGUACAUAGAAAUACUUUAUAUUUAUAUAUUUAAGUCGGUUUCGAAAACCUAUUUUUUUAAUUAUACGUCGCUUCUGAAAUCUAAAAGCAAAGAGGCGCAGGAUCGAGAUUCGUUAUAAGUUGUAUAAGUUCAAAUCAGGUCGUUUCUUUCACAGUUACGACUAUUCUUGCAUCGGUUUUACUCAGUUUUGUACAUAUAAAUAUAUAACACUAUAUUUAGAUAUAUUUUCGAUCUCUAAACACGAAACAAUAUUACGAUCGAAUAAACGACGUGCAUAUAAUUACUAAUUAAUUGAUAAUAAGAAUAAUCGCCCAGUCAUGGAUUUGUUAAGAGAUGAUUUACAUUUAAAAAAGGAUUUAAACGGAAUUCAUAUGACAAUUCCACCAUUUCACACGUGUCAGUGUGUUUAUCUUCGCAGAAGUGUGAAUCAUGUUCAUCCGAUGAACCUUAAAUACAAAUGAUACGUAUAUAUAUAUUAUAUAUAUAUACACGCGCGCGUGGAUGCAUAUAUCAUAUAAAUAAAGUACACAUAAUUAUAUAUAUAUAUAUACAUAUAUAUAUAAUACGAAUUAUUGAGAUGUGUGCGGUGACACACGAUUGUUAGAUUAUUAUGUUGCGGUGUCCUAAUCGAGUGACGAUCGUGACAUACAUAUUAAUGACACGCGUUUGUUACAACGCUGCAGAGAUUUAAUCCAAUCAACUGAUCCUUUGUCUGUCUCGUUACUUUUUACUCCUCGUGUAUAGGUUUAAUGUAGGAAUUUGAUUAUAGCAGAAAACGCAAUCACAAGUUACUAAUAGGCUCUGACAAAGACGUUUGCAAUUGAGCCGAAUUAUUUAGCACAGAUCCAACGUACGUAUACACUAUGAAAUUGUUCAAUGUUACCAUUGCUCGUGAAAAAUUAUUUCGUAUAUCAUAUUUAGCAUGGAUGUACAGUAUAUUUUCCCAUACAAUUAUGUACAAAUCUCUUUCUCUGUUGUAUAAUCUGUGCUCCUUUCAUUUAUUCUCAAUUUUUCGUAUGCAAAAAUUGAUUUAUUAUUCUCGAUUUUACAAUUAGAUUAAGUAGCCUUUGAUGGUUUAACCAUCAAAAUCAUAUAUAUAAAUGAAUUUUCUUAAUUUCUUAAUCUCAAACGUGAUAAUGAAUUUUUCAAGAUUGAAACUUUUAGUCAAACUUCUUUUAACUUUUUUCUAAUCUCGCGUUUCUUUUCGUGCAAAGUGUGUUAAGAGAUGAAACAAGUUCAGAAAAAAUUCUUGACAUAGAUCUGAACAUAGAUCUAAAAAUUAUUAGAAAUAAAAUUAGAUGUAAUUAGAAGAAACUAGCGAACAAUCCACUGACAAUAUCUUAUUACCAAUGAUUUUCGAAUCUAUAUUUUCUAAGAAUUUUAUACGCGUACAUAUGCACGUAUGAAUCGCUUACUAAGUUAAGUUAUAUGUAUUAUACAUUCGUAUUCAUUGAAGAAUUUAAUAGAAAUUAUUUACUAGUAUUUCAUAAGUAUAUAAAAUAAAAUGAUUAUAAUUGGUCGUUAAGCCAUCGAAAGUAGUUUCUCGUUUGUCUCUAUUUAAUUUAGAACGAGUUUAUAUUGACACGCUCGGCACAAAGCAUGAAUACAGGAAUUGUUCACACGACUGUGAAAUUUUCUCGAUCAUCGAUCAAUUGAUUGAUAUGUAUUUUUUAAAUGAAAAUUUCUACAUUUAAUCUUUACACGAGGAAGACUGUAAAAUUCUCAAGUUAUUUAAUAAUUACGUUUAUUUUAUUUCUCAUCGUCGACAACAGUAAAGAUUCACUUAAAGAUAUCAGUCUUUUGCGAUCUUUCUGCGAACGUUGUUCUAUAUCAUUUAGCUCUACUUACAUGUACGUUUGUAAAAUGCUCUUGAUUUAUAUUAUUAAACUAUACAUAUACAUAAUCUCGUAUAAGUGUGCUCUCUCGAUUAUUCGACUGGCUCUCGUAUUAAUGUUGCCCGCGCCUGAGCUGACACAGCUUUAUUUUAUCGCCAAGCAAUUAUUAAGAAAUCGAUAAAACAUGUCAAUAAGGAAAUAUUGAUCCAAUUUUUCGGGGACUAAAGUUGAUACUUGACAAUAUAAGCUUAGCUCGAACUACCAUUUGACGUAAUUUUGAAAUUAUUGAAAAGCUUAUAGAAAGUUAUAUUUUGCCUAUGGAUUAUAAAUGAAUUUUUUUCUAUUUUUCACUU